AUGGCAUCACAAUGUCAAUUUUACGUAAUACGGAAAAAACGGCUUUGUCGCAUGACAGUACGACCUGGAAAACAAUUCUGUGGUGAACAUGAACCUCACCCAAACCCUAUGACUGAUGAUGGUCAAUUACGUGAUGACACUCGUAUUCCAUGUCCUAAUGAUCCAAAACACACUUGCUAUGUAAGCAAACUACAAAAACAUCUCUUGAUCUGCAAUGCACGCCAACGUGAGGAGCCAGAAUAUAUAGUGAGAAAUGUCAAUAUCUCUCCAAUGAUUGAUGUGAGUUCAAGGCGACCUCUAAAUGAAUAUGCCCCAUAUGAUAUACAAAAAGUUAUUGAUAAAGUCAACUUACUGUAUAAUGAUCAUGUGGAAGGCAAUAUCGAAACCGUCCCUGAAAAACCAAUACAUCAAACAGUAUUAGAGGAUUUUUCCACACCUGGACGGACCGAGAGUUCUUUACGACAUUUAAGACAAGCUUCUAGCAUACUAUAUUUGAUUGAGAUUACCGGACUGGUGCAUGAUAAGACUUGUUAUGUGGAAUUAGGUGCUGGAAAAGGUCAACUAUCGUUUUAUGCCUCUAACGCAUGGUGCAAUGAAACUAACGGAAGCUGCGUGCUCUUAAUCGAUCGCGCCUCCCUUCGCCACAAGCGAGACAACAAGUUGCGCUCACAGCCCGGCGUUGCUCGUAGACUGCGAGCCGACUUGGCGCACUUAGCACUGGACAAGGCUCCAGGCGUGUUGCAGUGCGAAAAUGUUGUGGGACUGGCGAAACAUUUGUGUGGAGUCGCCACUGACUAUGCGCUGCGAAGCGUGGUGGGAGACUCUUGCAGCAAAACAGUGGGAGUGGUAAUGGCCACAUGUUGCCACCACCGCUGCGAAAUAAAUGCGUAUGUCGGAGAAUUGCAGGAAUUAGGCAUAAGUAGCGAUGAGUUCAACAUAAUGUUGGGUAUCGUGUCGUGGGCGACAUGCGGUGACGGACGCAGUCGCGAGCGACGAAAAAAUGACACACAACUUGACCCGCAAGCCAACGAAAACAACACAUAUUUAUUCAGUUCGAAGAAGCACCAGGGCGAAGUUACGGAAUAUGAUAUCAGCGACGAAGCUACGGACUAUUUAAAAGUAGCUGUGAAUACUGACGCAGAACAAGAAAAUAACCAGAAAGUCCAUAAUUUAUGUGAUGAAAAUAAAAGGGAAGUCUUUGGACCGAAAACAAAAGUAGAUGAAAAAGAUCGUGAACACAAAUCUGAAAUUAAUAUUAAUCUAAAGAAAACUAAUGUAGAAGAUAUUUCGAAAAAAGGUGUAAACCUAGAUCAAAAGUCGAAAGAACUUGUUGGGCGACGUGCUAAAGCCUUGUUAGACUGGGGCAGAGUUCUUUUCCUCAGAAAGCAUGGCUUUAUUGCACAUUUGUGUUACUUUGUGCCACCAGAUGUCUCGUUAGAAAAUGUUUGUAUCGUAGCUACGAAGUGUGCUUAA